AUGGGGAGCCUUAAGCGUUCCUCCGAAGAAGCCUCCAAGGAGGACGCGGAGUGCGCAGGCAAGCGUCAGAAGGCUGUAGACGCCGUCGAAGAGGACGCCCUCUUUCCCAUCCCAUUUAAAGUCUUGUCCGAGUGCCCUGCCGACCGGGAGCCAGGCGUCAAGCUUAUCGGUACCCACGACGGCGUGUUUCAUUGCGAUGAGGCUCUCGGGUGCGCGAUGCUUCAGAUGAUGCCGGCGUGGGCUGGCAGUACGGUUGUGCGCACGCGCAACGAGAAGGAGUUGGACAAGUGUGACAUUGUCAUCGACGUCGGCGCUGUGUACGACCACUCAAAGAUGCGGUACGACCACCACCAGCGAACCUUUUCCUCGAACCUUUCCGAGGAGCACCCUGACGUUGCAGCGGACUCGAGACCUGAGGGAUUCAGCACGAAGCUCUCCGCGAGCGGUCUGGACAUCUUGCCGGCGCUGACCAAGGGAAGCGGUUUGCCCGACCAGAAGUUGCCAAUUGUGUACAAAAAGAUAUAUCAGGGCUUCGUCGAGGAGGUCGACGCGAUUGACAACGGCAUCGACAUCUCUUCAGGAGAGCUCCGGUACAAGAUCAGCACGAACCUCUCCGCACGCGUCGGGCAGCUCAAUCCUUCGUGGAAUGAAGAAGGUGGCAAGCCCAGGCGUAACGAACUUUUUCGAGACGCCAUGGCACUCACGGGCCAUGAGUUUCGUGAGUCAGUGCGCCGGCUUACGAAGUCUUGGUUCCCAGCGCGGUCUAUUGUAGAGUCCGCUGUGUCAGCUCGCAAGAGCGUGCACGAGUCUGGAGAGAUCAUGGUGUUGGAUAGGUAUUGCCCUUGGCAGGGGCACCUCUCCGACAUCGAGAAGGAGCUGAACAUCGAAGGUGUGCUCAAAUACGUGCUCUACCAAGACUCUGGCGGAUCUUGGCGAGUUCAGGCUGUGUCCGCAGAGGGCUUUGCGUCGCGGAAAGCACUUCCCUCGACUUGGCGUGGUGUGCGAGAUGCCGAGCUCUCCAGCGUUGCCGGCAUCGCUGGUUGCGUGUUUUGCCACGCUUCAGGGUUUAUCGGCGGUAAUCAGACUCGUGACGGGGCUUUUGAGAUGGCAGUCGCCUCGCUGAAUUUUGUUGAGCCUGCUUGA